AUGCUGGUGAUGAUGGGGGGGAAGCGUGCUGCCCUGGCCCUGUUGGCCGUGCGGAGGGCUUGCUGCCUGUCUCGGGCUGCUCAUACUUCUCCUCAGACUGUGGAGUACAAACCCAUUAAAAAGGUCAUGGUUGCCAACAGAGGUGAGAUUGCCAUCCGGGUGUUCCGGGCAUGCACUGAGUUGGGGAUCCGGACGGUGGCCGUGUAUUCGGAGCAGGACACAGGUCAGAUGCACAGACAGAAGGCAGACGAGGCCUACCUCAUCGGGAAGGGACUGUCCCCCGUUGCUGCUUAUUUACACAUCCCCGAUAUCAUCAAAGUGGCCAAGGAAAAUGACGUGGAUGCCAUACACCCAGGUUACGGUUUCCUGUCGGAGAGAGCGGAUUUUGCACAGGCGUGUGCAGAUGCUGGCGUGCGCUUCAUUGGCCCCUCCCCGGAGGUGGUGCGGAAAAUGGGUGAUAAGGUGGAGGCACGUGCCCUUGCUAUUCGUGCAGGUGUGCCUGUGGUCCCAGGAACAGAUGCUCCCAUCACCUCCUUGCAGGAAGCGCAGGAGUUUUCCAACACAUACGGGUUCCCCAUCAUCUUUAAGGCAGCGUAUGGGGGAGGAGGCCGGGGGAUGCGGGUCGUGAGGGGAUAUGACGAGUUGGAGGAGAAUUACCAGCGGGCGUACUCGGAGGCUUUGGCUGCGUUUGGCAAUGGAGCUCUGUUCGUGGAGAAGUUCAUUGAGAAGCCAAGACACAUCGAGGUUCAGAUCCUGGGUGAUAAGUAUGGCAACGUCAUCCACCUGUACGAGAGAGACUGCUCCAUCCAGAGGAGACACCAGAAGGUGGUGGAGAUCGCCCCGGCAACGCAACUAGACCCCCACCUCCGAGACAGACUGACCGCUGACUCCGUCAACCUGGCUAGACAGGUUGGCUAUGAAAAUGCCGGGACAGUGGAGUUUCUGGUGGACAAGCAUGGAAAGCACUAUUUCAUCGAGGUCAACUCCCGACUGCAGGUGGAACACACGGUUACCGAGGAGAUCACUGAUGUGGACCUGGUCCAUGCUCAGCUGCGUGUGUGUGAGGGACACAGUCUGCCUGAGCUGGGCCUGAAGCAGGAUAAGAUCCGUAUCAACGGCUACGCCAUCCAGUGUCGCGUCACCACCGAGGAUCCCGCCAGGGGCUUCCAGCCUGAUACAGGACGUCUGGAGGUCUUCCGUAGCGGAGAGGGAAUGGGUAUCCGGCUGGAUAGCGCCUCAGCAUUCCAGGGGGCCGUCAUCUCCCCCCACUACGACUCCCUCCUGGUUAAAGUCAUCGCCAGUGGGAAGGACAUGCCCGCCGCCGCCGCCAAGAUGAGCCGCGCCCUGGCAGAGUUCCGUGUCAGAGGGGUCAAGACUAAUAUCCCCUUUCUUCAGAACGUGCUGAGUAAUGACCAGUUCUUGUACGGGACAGUGGACACCCAGUUUAUUGAUGAGAACCCGGACCUCUUCAACCUCAAACCCGUCCAGAACCGAGCCCAGAAACUUCUGCAUUAUUUAGGUCACGUGAUGGUGAACGGCCCUACCACGCCCAUUCCUGUGAAGGCGAAGCCUUCUUCCAUCGAUCCCGUCAUCCCGCAAGUGCCUCUGGGCGACCCUCCGGCAGGCUUCAGAGAGGUCUUGCUAAGGGAGGGUCCGGAGGGCUUUGCGCGGGCGGCUCGGGCACACAAGGGCCUGCUCCUGAUGGACACCACCUUCCGAGACGCCCAUCAAUCUCUACUGGCCACCCGCGUCCGCACCCACGACCUCAAACAGAUCUCUCCGUUUGUCACCCACAACUUCAACAACCUCUUCAGCCUGGAGAACUGGGGCGGUGCCACGUUCGAUGUUGCCAUGAGGUUUCUGUGUGAGUGCCCUUGGAAGAGGCUGCAGGAGCUGCGGGCGCUGAUCCCGAACGUACCCUUCCAGAUGCUUCUGAGGGGCGCCAACGCCGUGGGUUACACCAACUACCCCGACAACACCGUCCACAAGUUCUGUGAAGUGGCUAAGGAGAACGGCAUGGAUAUCUUCCGUGUCUUUGACUCACUCAACUAUCUCCCUAACAUGCUGUUGGGGAUGGAGGCAGCGGGUGCAGCAGGUGGUGUGGUAGAAGCAGCCAUCUCAUACACAGGUGAUGUGUCUGACCCCAUGAGACAGAAAUACUCCCUGGAUUACUACCUGAAACUGGCUGACGAACUGGUCAGAGCUGGUACACAUAUAUUAUGCAUAAAGGAUAUGGCCGGUCUGCUGAAGCCUGAGGCCAGCCGAUUGCUGAUUGGUGCAUUGCGAGACCGUUUCCCUGAGACACCAAUCCACGUCCACACCCACGACACCGCAGGCGCGGGCGUGGCCGCCAUGCUGGCAUGUGCAGAGGCCGGGGCAGACAUCGUGGACGUCGCCGUGGAUUCCAUGGCAGGGAUGACAUCACAGCCCAGCAUGGGCGCCAUCGUGGCCUGCACCAAGGGAACCAAACAUGACACCGGUAUUUCUCUGGAGAAGGUCUUUGACUAUAGCGAAUACUGGGAGGUGACCAGGGGCCUGUACGCUCCGUUCGACUGCACGGCCACCAUGAAGUCCGGCAACGCUGAUGUCUACGAGAACGAGAUCCCCGGCGGCCAGUACACCAACCUUCACUUCCAGGCUCACAGCAUGGGACUGGGCAACAAGUUUAAAGAGGUGAAGAAAGCCUACACAGAGGCCAACAAACUGCUCGGAGACCUCAUCAAGGUGACCCCUUCGUCAAAGAUUGUGGGUGACCUGGCUCAGUUCAUGGUGCAGAACUCGUUGACGCGGGCGGAGGUGGAGGAGCGAGCAGAUGAGCUCUCCUUCCCUCUCUCCGUGGUGGAGUUCCUGCAGGGUCACAUCGGAAUUCCCCACGGAGGAUUCCCCGAGCCCUUCAGGUCCAAGGUGUUGAAAUCUCUCCCGCGGGUGGAAGGGCGUCCCGGAGCCUCCCUACCUCCCAUGGAUUUCCAAGCCUUGGAGAAGCAGUUACGUGAGGCGCACGGAGACGACAUCACCCCGGAGGACGUCAUGUCGGCAGCCAUGUACCCCAAGGUUUUCCAGGAGUUCAAGGAGUUCUCCAGAAACUUUGGGCCCGUAGACUGCCUUAACACUCGCCUUUUCCUCGACGGACCCAAAAUCGCAGAGGAGUUUGAGGUGGAGCUGGAGCGAGGGAAGACUCUCCACAUUAAAGCGCUGGCUCUGGGAGACCUGAACAAGGCAGGUCAGAGAGAGGUCUUCUUCGAGCUCAACGGACAGCUGAGAUCUGUGUUGGUCCGGGAUACGGUGGCCAUGAAGGAGAUGCACUUCCACCCGAAGGCGCUGAAGGACGUGCGGGGGCAGAUAGGGGCACCCAUGCCCGGUAAAGUGGUGGAGGUCAAGGUGAAGAAGGGCCAGCAGGUGGAGAAGGGCCAGCCACUGUGCGUGCUAAGCGCCAUGAAGAUGGAGACGGUAGUCAACUCUCCGCUGUCCGGCACGGUGGCUAAAGUUUACGUCACCGCCGAUAGCAACCUGGAAGGAGACGAUCUCAUCUUGGAAAUCAAUGAGUAGAGGAGUGGAACCACCCAGGGACCAUCUGGUACCCAGUGGGAGGGGGGGGGUGAAGGACCGUGACAAUCAUUUGACAUCAGCAGCAGUUGCUGUGGCGCGUUAGCUAACCAUCAUCCACACGCGUAUCACACCAUUUGAAAAGGGAGGUGGAAAGAAAAAUUUAUUUCUGGAGGAAAAUAUCUUCAGUGACAUGAAAAUAGUUACUGACCAAUAAAUCUAGAAUGUCACUGUGUGUGUGUGUGCACGUGUGUGUGUGAGCGCGUGUGUAUGUGUGUGUGUGCCUGCCCACCCCCAGUGUGGGAGACUUUCCCAUUCUGUGUCAUUACGAGUUGUGGUGAUGUUUGUCACACUGAAAGAUCACCAUGCUGCUUAAUCAUCCACGAUGACAAAUCUCAUGUCUGGGUCUAUGUGUGUAUUAAUGCAAAAGUUAAUAUCAGUCUUAACCUAAGAAUAUGAAACUACCCAUAAACAUUCAGCAAUAAAUGAAUAAUGAUAGCACUUAAUAUGUGAGAUUUAAAAUGUUUUCAUAUAGCUAAUGUAGACUAAUCAUUUUUAGUGUCAUAUCUUCACCUUUGGCCUCAAUAGCUUUGGCACGCAAUGAAGUUUUUU